UGUCUCUCAGAGCGGCCGAUCGCACAGUGACCGAUCCCGGUAUCCCUGACAUACCCGAGCCAUGAGGGCCGUACCGACGUGGAUAGAUAAAGUCCAUGACCGGGAUAAGUUGGAGCAAUGCAUUUAUGACCUUGCGUUUAAACCCGAUGGAACUCAACUGAUCGUCGCUGCGGGGAACAGAGUACUGGUUUAUGACACAUCUGACGGGACUUUGAUUCAGCCAUUAAAAGGACACAAGGACACCGUAUAUUGUGUGGCUUAUGCCAAAGAUGGGAAAAGAUUUGCCUCUGGAUCUGCUGACAAAAGUGUAAUAAUAUGGACUUCCAAAUUAGAAGGAAUCUUAAAAUACACGCACAACGACUCUAUCCAAUGUGUGUCGUACAAUCCCAUGACGCACCAGCUAGCUUCCUGCUCGUCUAGUGAUUUUGGCCUUUGGUCUCCAGAGCAGAAAUCGGUUUCUAAGAACAAAGUAAACAGUAAAAUCACUUGCUGCAGCUGGACAAAUGAUGGACAGUACCUUGCUCUGGGGAUGUUCAAUGGCAUUGUCAGUAUAAGGAACAAAAAUGGAGAGGAGAAGGUCAGAAUUGAGCGUCCUGGUGGAGCUCUGUCACCUAUAUGGUCAAUCUGCUGGAACCCAUCCAAGGAUGACCACAAUGAUAUACUGGCCGUGGCAGACUGGGGGCAGAAGCUAUCCUUCUACCAGCUGAGUGGCAAGCAGGUGGGGAAGGACAGAUCCCUGAACUGUGACCCAUGCUGUGUCAGCUAUUUCUCCAAAGGAGAAUACAUAGUUCUGGGUGGCUCUGACAAGCAGGUGUCGCUCUUUACCAAGGAUGGCGUGCGUCUAGGAACCAUUGGAGAGCAGAACUCUUGGGUUUGGACAUGUAGGGUUAAACCAGACUCUAACUAUGUGGUGAUCGGAUGCCAGGAUGGGACUCUUGCUUUCUACCAACUCAUUUUCAGCACGGUGCAUGGGCUCUAUAAAGACCGCUAUGCUUACAGGGAUAACAUGACGGAUGUUAUAGUGCAGCAUCUAAUCACUGAGCAGAAAGUGAGAAUUAAAUGUCGGGAGCUGGUGAAGAAGAUUGCAAUCUACAAAAACAGACUGGCCAUCCAGAUGCCUGAAAAGAUCCUAAUUUAUGAGCUGUACUCCGAGGACGCCGCUGAUAUGCAUUACCGGGUCAAGGACAAAAUCGUCAAAAAAUUUGAAUGCAAUCUUCUUGUGGUCUGUUCACAUCAUAUAAUCCUAUGUCAGGAAAAGCGGUUGCAGUGCUUGUCCUUUAAAGGUGUGAAAGAGCGUGAGUGGAUGAUGGAGUCGCUAAUCCGGUACAUCAAAGUGAUUGGAGGUCCACCAGGAAGAGAGGGUCUACUGGUGGGACUCAAGAACGGCCAGAUUCUAAAGAUCUUUGUCGACAACCUGUUUGCCAUCACCCUACUCAAGCAGGCCACAUCCGUCCGGUGCUUGGAUAUGAGCGCCAGUCGAAACAAACUUGCGGUGGUGGAUGAACACAAUACGUGCCUGGUAUAUGACAUCACAACCAAGGACCUGCUCUUCCAGGAGCCUAAUGCCAACAGCGUGGCAUGGAAUACGCAGUGCGAGGACAUGCUCUGCUUCUCCGGCGGGGGAUACCUCAACAUCAAAGCCAGUAACUUCCCAGUACACCAGCAGAAGCUGCAAGGGUUUGUGGUCGGUUACAACGGAUCCAAGAUAUUCUGCCUGCACGUGUACUCCAUGUCUUCUGUAGAUGUGCCACAGUCUGCUCCCAUGUACCAGUACCUGGAGAGGAAGCUGUUCAGAGACGCCUAUCAGAUCGCCUGCCUGGGGGUCACUGACAUGGACUGGAAGGACCUAGCCAUGGAGUCGCUGGAAGGGUUGGACUUUGAGACCGCAAAGAAGGCAUUUAUACGCGUUAGAGAUCUGCGCUACCUGGAACUCAUCAACAGCAUCGAGGAGCGGAAAAAAAGAGGCGAUGCCAGCGACGACCUGUUCCUGGCGGAUGUGUACGCUUACCAGGGGAAGGUCCACGAAGCCGCCAAGCUCUAUAAGAAAUGUGGGCAUGAGAACCGGGCACUGGAUAUGUACACGGACCUCCGAAUGUUCGAGUACGCCAAGGAGUUCCUGGGAUCUGGAGACCCCAAAGAGACUAAGAAUCUAAUCACAAAGCAGGCUGAUUGGGCCCGAAAUAUCCGAGAACCAAAAGCAGCAGCUGAAAUGUACCUGUCCGCUGGAGAGCACGUGAAAGCCAUAGAACUAAGCGGAGACCAUGGCUGGGUGGAAAUGCUCAUUGACAUUGCGAGGAAGCUUGACAAGGCAGAGAGGGAGCCUCUGUCAAAGUGUGCCUAUUAUUUCAAGAAGCUGCAGCACCACGGGUACGCGGCUGAGACAUACUUGAAGAUCGGAGACCUCAAAUCGUUGGUCCAGCUACACGUUGAGACACAGCACUGGGAGGAGGCCUUUUCAUUGGUGGAAAAGUAUCCAGAAUACAAAGACGAGGUAUACGUCCCAUACGCACAGUGGCUGGCAGAGAAUGACCGAUUUGAAGAAGCACAAAAGGCCUUUCACAAAGCCGGCCGACAGGGCGACGCAGUCAGAGUGCUGGAGCAGCUCACCCAUAAUGCCGUCGUGGAGAGCAGGUUCAAUGAUGCUGCCUAUUAUUAUUGGCUUUUGUCCAUGCAAUGUCUUGAUAUUGCACAAGAAAGCGUUCAGCAGCAGGAUGCCAUGCUUCCGAAGUUUCACCACUUUCAGCAUCUGUCUGAACUGUACCACGUGUACCACUCCAUCCAGAGAUACACAGAUGAGCCGUUCAGUUCCCACCUUCCAGAAACACUUUUUAACGUUUCUAGGUUCCUUUUGCACAGUCUCACCAAGGAGACUCCGCUGGGCAUCUCCAAAGUAAACAUUUUGUACACCCUGGCGAAACAGAGCAAAGCCCUGAAAGCAUAUAAACUUGCACGGCACGUGUACGAGCGGCUACAGGGUUUGAAAAUUCCCAGCAGAUUCCAGGAGACGGUUGAGCUUGGGAACAUCACCAUUCGAUCUAAACCUUUUCAUGACAAUGAGGAACUGGUCCCCAUGUGUUACAGAUGCUCCACUAACAAUCCAUUCCUGAACAACUUGGGCAAUGUUUGCAUCAACUGCAGGCAACAGUUUGUUUUUUCAGCAUCAACAUAUGAAGUGCUGCCUCUUGUUGAAUUUUACCUGGAGGAUGGGAUCUCUGAUGAAGAGGCCGUGUCACUUAUUGACCUAGAAGCACCCAGAAGCAACCCAAAGAAAGAGAAAUGGCAGGAGACGUCCUCUGCUGACACACAAACCCUGAGGCUGGAGGAAGAAGAAGGAGAGAUGGAUGAUGAUCCAUUUACUGCAAAGCUAAGUUUCGAGCAAGGAGGCUCCGAGUUUGUCCCUGUGAUUGUGACCCGAGCUGUCCUGAGGUCGAUGAGCAGAAGAGACGUCCUCAUCAAACGCUGGUCUCGGCCCCUGAAGUGGCAGUAUUUCCGAUCCUUGCUCCCCGAUGUCUCUAUAACAAUGUGUCCCACCUGCUUCCAGAUGUUCCACACAGAAGACUAUGAACUGCUGGUUCUGCAGCACAACUGCUGCCCGUACUGUCGGAGACCCAUAGAAGAGUCCACGCUGUGAUAUGAUCACCUACGCCAUCAAUAGAGCCGUCAUGCUGCACCUCCAAUCCAUAGCCAACAAUCCAUAACAAUAAUCCA